UUAUUAUUAUUAGUAGUAGUAGUAGUAGUAUUAUUCCUAUAUGCUUUUCAACUGCCAGAAAUAAGCUUCCAGUACAUUCCAACAAAGGCACACACAGAAAAGGUGUCAAUGAUCCAUGCAUGUCCAUUGUCCUGCCGAAGGGUGGUCUUUACAUCCUGGGAUAAGAGGCAGCUGGGUGUCGGGGGGAUAAUGAGUGGAACGUCUCCCUAAGAGGAUUACUAGGUUGUUAACGCGCACCGCCACUACCGUGUGCAUGGUGCAUCGGAACCAGAACUUGCUCCAGUGUCCAGUCAGAAGGAAGGCAAUAUCGGCGCAUGCACGUUUGGAUAACAUUCCAAUGCAAGAUGAUCUCGAGUCGUUUUGAACUCCUGAGGGCCAGAGGGGACACGCUACACACUUCGCACCUGCACCGUAGAGCGGUUUCCUGAACAGGCUUUUUUAAAAUUUUGGGUUUUUUGUUUAGUUUUUUUUGGAGGGGGGUUUAGAAGCCAUGAAGACUCGACCCGCUGGGAUCGGGAACGUCAAUGCUGACUGGAUGGGCUCGCUGCCCCCCAAACUCAGUGGCAUGCCCCUCAAACACCUCGCAGUUCCAGGGUCCCAUGACUCGUUCACCUACUGGGUGGAUGUGCAUGCUCCUGUAGGUCCUGACCAAAAGGUCUAUGUGAAGUACCUGGCUACCAUGUUUAGCGUUUUGGCCAAGAAGGUCAUGGUGAAGUGGUCCAUGACCCAGAACCUGACGUUUCAGGAGCAACUGGAUGCAGGUAUUCGCUACUUUGAUCUCAGGGUCUCUUCUAAACCAGGAGAGCCAGGGCUUGAGAUCUUCUUCAUCCAUGGUCUGUUUGGACACAAGGUGAGAGAUGGCCUUAUAGAAAUCAACUCCUUCUUGCGCGAGCACAGGAAAGAGGUCAUCUUCUUGGACUUCAACCAUUACUAUGUGAUGGGCUCGGAGCACCACGAAUACCUCAUCAAGAUGCUUCAGGAAGUGUUCAGCAGUAAGCUCUGUAAGAACUGUGAAGUGGAGACGGUCACUCUGGACUACCUGUGGGAGCGCAAAUACCAGGUAAUCGUUUUCUACCAUCAUCCAUCGGCUCAGGGAGUCCCUGUCAUGUGGCCAGGCAACAAGAUCCCCGCACCGUGGGCGAACACCACUGAACCCGGCAAGCUUAUUCAGUUCCUGGAAACCACGCUGAAGCAGAGAGCCAAGCAGGGAUCAUUCCACGUGUCCCAGGCCAUUCUCACACCUCGGGUCAACACUGUGGCGAGGGGUCUGGUUUGGGGGCUACGGAAUUACUUGGUGGAAAGAAACCUCCCAGCUAUCAUGUCCUGGGUGGAGGUCCAGAGGCCGGGCUCGGACGGGGUCAACAUUAUUACCUCUGACUUUGUGGAACUCUCCGACUUUGCCAACAUUGUCAUCAGACUCAACAACUUGCUGUUGUCUGAACCCGACCGCAAAGCUCGAUGACAACAAAGGUGUGCUGACUGUUACCACACGGUGGCGAUUGUCCAUUGACUGUGGUUGUUUUUAUUGUUCUCGGAAUACAGUGUUGUCCAGCUUAUUGCUGUUUUUCUGCUCAGGCCAAACCCCUGUCUAAUAUACUGUAAAAGUAUUGCUUCGGCACCGCCGUUGCCCUGUCUGAUAGAAAAGUAGUGCUUUGCUGCCAUCUGGUGGCAUCAAUGGGCAAUUACAAACCUUUGGAGGGUGCACCCAUCACAUGCUGAUUUUUGCAAACGUUCCCUUUAAAUGAUGAUGAUAUAUUCAUUCAUGCAUUUCCAAUACCGCUUAUCUUCACUAACAACAUGCAGAACAUGCAAACUCCACACAGGUGAGGCCGGGAUUUGAACCCCAGUCCCCAGGACUGUGAGGCAGACGUGCUAACCAGCCGGCCACCGUGCCACCUAAUUUGUCCCUCUUGUAUAGAUAACCCAAAUAUUACAAACAUAAUAAUGUACUACAAAAUGACAUGCACGAUAAUAAGCGUAAUGUUAAAUUAAUACCUCUCUGACAAUGUCAAUCAAAACUGAAUAUUUUUAUUCCAGAUCUUGUACUCGAGUUCUACGGAGGUCCCAAAUAAGGUUUAAAAAAAAAACAAAAAACUUUUGCAAGAUUUGGCAAAACGUUUACUUUUUUUUAACCUUUUCUUGGAUCUCAAUAGAUUUCAUUCGAUUGUCCAGGUGUGUCUAAUGUUCGCAUUAGGAUGGGCAUAAUGCUGGAUGAAUUGAUUGUUUACAAAAAAUGGAUGGAUGUGUGGAGCUGACUGUAAAUGACUUGCUACAGUACUUGAAGCAAAAUGGACAUUGGAAUUAAAAUCGGGCUUCGAAACAUUGAGAGGGAUUCUCCGAUGCCAUUCAAAUGCAGUACGUGUUUCACUGACAGCCUACAGCCUGUGGCUUAUCAAAGAACUUUUGCCCAAUAUCCAUUCCUUAUUUGCUGAAGAAGUAUUCCAUGAAGAAAACCUCUUAAUCUGUUUACCUGGUUCUUUAAACACUGUACACACAAUUGCUUGCCUGCCUCAGCCUAUGAUUUCACUUUACAACAUGGAGGGAAAGAGGCACCUGUUGUGGCUUUGCAUGGUUUUGCAAGACGUGCCUGCAGUUGCACCUUUAGGGAACAAAUGUGGGCUUAUGUUUACCGCACAGCGUAAAAAUCACAUGAUAUAUAUAUAUGUAUAUAUAUAUAUGGGGACCUUAUAGUAUUUAUGUCAGUUCAGUGGGGUAAUAUAAGCAAUGUUUGGCUCAAUAUUUCACUUUACACUAAUGCCGGGCAGAUGACAAUAAUAGAUAGAAGAGUCUGCAUGUGUGUAUUUAUGUAAGUUUCUUAUUGGCUCAGUGAUUCCUACCUAUUACAUGCAGUAUACUGUAGUGGCGGUGUCUUCAUUCCUGUGGUCUGAGCAGGGAAAGACAGGGGGGGGGGGAUUGGAGGAAUCCUGAAAGGAAGGAAGAAGUAAAAAGAAGAAAUAAAAAAAGAUUUACCUUGAAGGGGAAUUUCUCAACAGC